ACUGCUCGUUUGGAGAUCGACAAUUUGACUCUUAUCUACAGUGGAGUGUAUUCUUUGGAGUUAAAUGGCCAACUCCAGAGCGAGACAUACAUGGUUACUGUGAUCAAGAAAGUCCCAAAGCCCACGGUGACAGUUGAGCCACUGUUUUGUUCUUCCACCUCAUCUCUUUGCAAACUGAGCUGCAAUGGAGCGAUCCAAGAGGCCCAACCAAUCACCUACAGCUGGAGGCCAAAUACAGGAAACUGGACUGAGUCAAGUAAACUGAUGGACAUCACCAACGAUGACAACCAUGUUGAAAAUUUCUUCUGCCAAAUGAAGAACCCAGUUAGUGAGGAAGAGAGCGAGCCAUGGAAGAAUGUAUUCUACCCAGAGAAAGUCCCAAAGCCCACGGUGGCACUGGAGCCACUGUCUUGUUCUCCCUCCUCACCGCCCUGCGCUCUGAGCUGUAAUGGAGGGAUCCCAGAGGCUGAACCAAUCACCUACAGCUGGAGGCGAGAUACAGGAGACUGGACUGAGUCAAGUAAACUGAUGGACAUCACCAACGAUGACGACCAUGUUGAAAAUUUCUUCUGCCAAAUGAAGAACCCAGUUAGUGAGGAAGAGAGCGAGCCAUGGAAAAAUGUAUUCUACAAAGAUAGAAAGCAGCUUUACGUUGCUGUGGCAGUUGGGGUGGUGGCUGCAGUUAUUCUGGUUGUUUUUAUUGCUUUCAUAACACGAAGGUUCGUUUCAUUACGUGGUGGAUCUGUCAGUGAAAUAGGUAGACUUAACUUUUACUUUAAUGUGCUGGCUAUGGGGAUGACUGUAGUUCUUCCGUUUUUUUCACUGGGUUUUGCUUUCAUAACAGGAAGGUUCUUUUCAUUCCUUAGUGGAUUUGACAGUGAAAUAGGUACACUAAUGCUUUCCCUUGGUGUGCUGGUUGGGGUGAUGGCUGCAGUUCCUCUGUUUUUUUGGCUGGUUGAUUGGACACGUCUGCUUUCCCAUCGUGUGCUGGCUGUGGUGCUGGCUGUAGUUUCUCUGGGUUGUUCUCUGGGUUCUGCUGUUAUAGCAGGAAAGGUCUUUUCAUUACGUGGUGGAUUUGACAGUGAAAUAGAUGAACUUCUGCUUUACCUUGGUGUGGUGGCUGUGGUGAUGGCUGCAGUUUCUCUGGUUUUUUUUCUGGGUUCUGCUGUUAUAGCAGGAAAGAUCUUUUCAUCACGUAGCAGAAAUGCCUGUGAAAGAGGCCAGUUCAUAUUUCUCCACAAUGCGCUGCACGACACUUUAAGGAUGGACCCUCUUCUGCUGUGUGAUCGCUUCCCAAAGGUUUCAGGUGCUCUGACUCCAGCAGAGGAGGAGGCUUUGGAGGGUCCAGGUGCUCUGACUCCAGCAGAGGAGGAGGCUUUGGAGGGUCCAGGUGCUCUGACUCCAGCAGAGGAGGAGGCUGAGGAGGAGGCUGAGGAGAGUCCAGGUGCUCUGACUCCAGCAGAGGAGGAGGCUUUGGAGGGUCCAGGUGCUCUGACUCCAGCAGAGGAGGAGGCUUUGGAGGGUCCAGGUGCUCUGACUCCAGCAGAGGAGGAGGCUUUGGAGGGUCCAGGUGCUCCGACUCCAGCAGAGGAGGAGGCUUUGGAGGGUCCAGGUGCUCCGACUCCAGCAGAGGAGGAGGCUUUGGAGGGUCCAGGUGCUCCGACUCCAGCAGAGGAGGAGGCUUUGGAGGGUCCAGGUGCUCCGACUCCAGCAGAGGAGGAGGCUUUGGAGGGUCCAGGUGCUCCGACUCCAGCAGAGGAGGAGGCUUUGGAGGGUUCACGUGCUCCGACUCCAGCAGAGGAUGAGGCUGCGACGCUAUGA